AUGGUUUUCAACAGCUCUGUUUCGAUCAGCAACUGCGGGUCCAUCCUGUGGAACUGUGACAUCAGAACGUGUGCCGAGACGGAGCUGUGGGCGACUGGCGAGCUCGCACCGCGCACGCAGCCGUCGUCCUUGCCCGCUGCGGCAGGUACAGUCGGUCGCGCGUCACAACACGCCGCCAGUCUGCACACGUCGCGCCGUGCGGACGGCGGGCUGGCGGGAAAUCCACGGCGCCGCGGCGUGGCGGAUGGCGGCCGCCGACCCCCAGUCGCUCCCGUAUCUCUGUCGACCCGCUGCACGUCGCUGCUACUCCUCUGUGAGCGAGCCUUCCCAGGGCGGCCGCCGACCCUCAGUUGCUCCCGUAUCUCUGUCGACCCGCUGCAUGUCACUGUUACUCCUCUGUGUGCGAGUCUUCCCAGGGCGGCCGCCGACCCCCAGUCGCUCCCGUAUCUCUGUCGACCUGCUGCACGUCGCUGCUACUCCUCUGUGAGCGAGCCUUCCCAGGGCGGCCGCCGACCCCCAGUUGCUCCCGGCGGCCGCCGACCCCCAGUCGCUCCCGUAUCUGUGUUGACCCACUGCACGUCGCCGCUACUCCUCUGUGUGCAAGACUUCCAAGGGGAGCCGCCGACCCCCAGUCGCUCCCGUAUCUCUGUCGACCCGCUGCACGUCACUGCUACUCCUCUGUGUGCGAGCCUUCCCAGGGCGGCCGCUGACCCCCAGUCGCUCCCGUAUCUGUGUCGACCUGCUGCACGUCGCUGCUACUCCUCUGUGAGCGAGCCUUCCCAGGGCGGCCGCCGACCCCCAGUUGCUCCCGUAUCUCUGUCGACCCGCUGCAUGUCACUGUUACUCCUCUGUGUGCGAGUCUUCCCAGGGCGGCCGCCGACCCCCAGUCGCUCCCGUAUCUCUGUCGACCUGCUGCACGUCGCUGCUACUCCUCUGUCAGCGAGCCUUCCCAGGGCGGCCGCCGACCCCCAGUUGCUCCCGUAUCUCUGUCGACCCGCUGCAUGUCACUGUUACUCCUCUGUGUGCGAGUCUUCUCAGGGCGGCCGCCGACCCCCAGAGGCUCCCGUAUCUCUGUCGACCUGCUGCACGUCGCUGCUACUCCUCUGUGAGCGAGCCUUCCCAGGGCGGCCGCCGACCCCCAGUUGCUCCCGUAUCUCUGUCGACCCGCUGCAUGUCACUGUUACUCCUCUGUGUGCGAGUCUUCUCAGGGCGGCCGCUGACCCCCAGUCGCUCCCGUAUCUGUGUCGACCUGCUGCACGUCGCUGCUACUCCUCUGUGAGCGAGCCUUCCCAGGGCGGCCGCCGACCCCCAGUUGCUCCCGUAUCUCUGUCGACCCGCUGCAUGUCACUGUUACUCCUCUGUGUGCGAGUCUUCCCAGGGCGGCCGCCGACCCCAAGUCGCUCCCGUAUCUCUGUCGACCUGCUGCACGGCGGCCGCCGACCCCCAGUCGCUCCCGUAUCUGUGUUGACCCACUGCACGUCGCCGCUACUCCUCUGUGUGCAAGACUUCCAAGGGGAGCCGCCGACCCCCAGUCGCUCCCGUAUCUCUGUCGACCCGCUGCACGUCACUGCUACUCCUCUGUGUGCGAGCCUUCUCAGGGCGGCCGCUGACCCCCAGUCGCUCCCGUAUCUGUGUCGACCCGCUGCACGUCGCUGCUACUCCUCUGGCGGCCGCCGACCCCCAGUCGCUCCCGUAUCUGUGUUGACCCACUGCACGUCGCCGCUACUCCUCUGUGUGCAAGACUUCCAAGGGGAGCCGCCGACCCCCAGUCGCUCCCGUAUCUCUGUCGACCCGCUGCACGUCGCUGCUACUCCUCUGUGUGCGAGCCUUCUCAGGGCGGCCGCUGACCCCCAGUCGCUCCCGUAUCUGUGUCGACCUGCUGCACGUCGCUGCUACUCCUCUGGCGGCCGCCGACCCCCAGUCGCUCCCGUAUCUGUGUUGACCCACUGCACGUCGCCGCUACUCCUCUGUGUGCAAGACUUCCAAGGGGAGCCGCUGACCCCCAGUCGCUCCCGUAUCUCUGUCGACCCGCUGCACGUCGCUGCUACUCCUCUGUGUGCGAGCCUUCUCAGGGCGGCCGCUGACCCCCAGUCGCUCCCGUAUCUCUGUCGACCUGCUGCACGUCGCUGCUACUCCUCUGUGAGCGAGCCUUCCCAGGGCGGCCGCCGACCCCCAGUUGCUCCCGUAUCUCUGUCGACCCGCUGCACGUCGCUGCUACUCCUCUGUGUGCGAGCCUUCUCAGGGCGGCCGCCGACCCCCAGUCGCUCCCGUAUCUGUGUCGACCUGCUGCACGUCGCUGCUACUCCUCUGUGA